GGCGCCCCUUGCUGCUGCAGCUUCCCGGGAGGAAGAGGGCCUCUGGACCCCUGGAGGGGAGCUGCCCUAUCCAGUGCUUAAACCCAUGUGAACAAUGGAGUCCUAUGUGGGCAGCUUCAGGCACAUGCAGCAGCAACAGCAGCAGCAACAGCAGCAGGACUGCGGGAUCCACUUCAAGCUUGCAAACAAUGUGCCUCCAAAGGCAAAGAGUGCGCUGAAUGCAAAGGAUGGGUCCUAUGGAGUCAGCAUCCGGGUCCAAGGGAUUGAUGGGCAUCCAUACAUUGUGCUCAACAAUGCAGAGGGGUGUUUGCCUGACAGUCACAUAGCACCUGCAAACGGCCCACAGGUUGCAACCGAGACACUUGAUAGGUCAGUGCUGGACUCCAGUUCUGCUCCUGAACUGGGGAAGAAAACUGGCGAAGAAAGACAGUGUUUGGGAACUUACAGCACGUUGCCAAAUAAGUUUAAAAGCCUGCAGACCAGUGUGGAUGAGGGAGAGAGCAGCACCUUGCCUUUCAAGACUGGGUUCGCCCAGUCGCCCAGUCUGUUGAACUUCCAGAGGCAUCCUGAGCUUCUGCAGCCCUACGAUCCUGAAAAGAACAUCCCGAAUUUGGAAGGCUUUGAGGCUCCCCCAUCCAGUAAAUCCAAAUCUCUUGCAGAUGAAGAGAAACCAGACAGCAAGCCUUGGAGCUCACCAUUGAAGGUUGCUUCAUUAGAUAAAAUGACCCUCCAGUGUGUAGAACUGGCCAAGCCCAAACCAAAAACUGUGGAUUUGACCAUGCCUGCAGUAGGGGAAGACCAAAGCAAGCAGGAGUUGGAAUGCCCCAGCGUUGUUGACACUCCCAAUGGAAUGCAUGGAUCAUGUUCUUCUAGUGAAGGAUCUCCAUCUGCUAUAAGUCCGCCCACCUAUCAGGAAACAAGGAAAUGCAGACCUGAUCUCCUUCCUUUCCGCAGGCAAGAUUCAGCAGGAUCAGUCCUGAAUGGGUCACGGCGGUCGUCGUCAUCAUCAACUACCCCAACUUCUAUUGCUUCCCUGUACAAGUUCUUCCUUGAUGACCAAGAGUAUGCCAUCUAUGCUGACAAUGUUAACAGGCAUGAAAACAGAAGGUAUAUCCCAUUUUUGCCUGGGACUGGUCGCGAUAUUGACACUGGUUCAAUUCCUGCAGUUGAUCAGCUCAUUGAAAAGUUUGACCGGAAGAUGGGUCCUCAGAGAAGAGGCAGGCUGGGAAUCAGGAGCAGGAUUCACCCAGACGACCGUAAGCGGUCAAGGAGCGUCGACAGUGCCCUUCCCUGCGGGCUCAAGGUGAAUUCCAGUUGUUCAGAUGAAUUUAGUCAAAGUUCGGCAACAUCAUCGAAGCAUUUACUACAGCCCUCUAAAGUUUGCCUUCAGAAGGUGUUCUCUCCAGAUCAGAAGUCAGUGUCUUUUGGGGAUCAAGUUUCUCCUCGGUCUGUGGGCAAACUCCAGGCAGCAGCAACAGCAGCGAGAGAUUCUCCCAGCAAGCAUUUCAACUCUUUGCAAUAUCACAAGCAAAGUAAAAUAGUCAGCGAGGGUUCGGCUUAUAAAUCAUCCACGCUUCCAGGCCAGACCAAAAAAAGUGAAAAUAAAAUGGUGACUUCCACUCUCUUGUUACCAAACCGUAUUGCGACUCCGAAACAGCUUGUGAAAUCAUUUGCUUCUGCUUCAGCUGCUCAGGUCACUCCUGAUCUGCUGAAGGGCCAACAGGAACUUGCACAGCAAACCAACGAGGAAACAGCUAAGCAGAUUCUCUACAACUAUCUCAAGGAAGGAAGCAGCGAAAAUGAUGAUGCAACAAAGAGGAAAGUCAACCUGGUAUUUGAGAAAAUCCAGACUCUGAAGUCCAGAGCAGCAGGGAACUCACAGGCCUCUGAUAUGUCUGCUUCAGUCAAGGCGUUGAUGGAACAGACAAAGGAGCUGGAAAAGGAGGUUUCUGAACUACAGAGGAGGCUGGAUUUGGAAGUCAAGAACCAACAGAACAUUACAGAUGAAAGAGAUGCAGCGAAGGCAGAGUUGAGAGUGCUUCAGCAGCAGCUGGAAAAGACCAUAGAAGAUAAAGACACCUUCCGGAAGCAGCUGGAGGAGAGCGAGAAAGACCUCAGGCAGCACCUUGAAGAGCUUUUCCAAGUGAAAAUGGAGCAAGAACAGCAGCAGACUGAGAUCCGGGACUUGCAGGACCAGCUCUCUGAGAUGCACGACGAGCUGGACAACGCGAAGCACGCUGAGGAUGGCGAGAGGGAGAUGCUCCUUGGGGAACUGAUGCAGCUGAAGCAGGAUCUUCAGGCCAUCCUGAGGGUCAAAGAGCAGCAGGAAGACAUCCUGAGGAAGCGAGAGCGCGAGCUGACAGCCUUGAAGGGGGCCCUGAAGGAAGAAGUGUCCAGCCACGACCAGGAGAUAGACCGGCUCAAAGAACAACACAGCCAGGAACUCCAGACUCUGAGAGGGAGUUUGGAAGAAGUUACAGAGAAAAUGGGCUCCCUGUCCAGUGCCAAGGCUGCGGCCGAAAAGAUACAGAGGACGGCGGAAGUUCAAGUGGCCAAGAUGGCGGAGCAGAGCCAGGGGUUGGAAGGAGCCAUUGCAGAGCUGGAGAAGCAAAGCAAAGAACUCCAGCAGGAGCUAGAGAGCAUGAGAGGAGAAGGAGAGAAAAGGGAGGAAAUGAUAAAGAGCUAUGAGAAAGAGAAGCAGCACUUGGAAGAGGCCCUGGCACGUCUGGUAGAGGAAAGGCAAGGACUGGCACUGGCCAAAACCUCUUUGGAAGCCCAGCUGGAGGAUGCACAGAAGGACGUCAACCGGCUGAACCAGGAGCUGCAACAGUUAACUGACCGGCUGAAAGAUGAAGCUAACCAGAAGGAUCAGUUAAAGAGGAUGAAGAGUGAAUUAGAGAAUGAGAGGUGGCAACUGGACAAGACUAUUGAGAAGUUACACAAGGAGAUGGCAGAAAUCAUUGAGGUUUCACGAACAUCGACGCUGGAGCUCCAGAACCAGCUUGAUGAAUACAAGGAGAAGAAUCGCCGGGAGCUUUCCGAGACACACAGGCAGCUGAAAGACAAAAACCUGGAGCUGGAAAAGGCCCACCUGGCAACCCUCAAGAUGCAAGAGGAGAUACAUUUUAUGGAAAAAGAAUUACGAGAUCACCAGAGAGCUCAAGAUGAGGCUAUAACCAAAACACAGCUUUUGGAGCAGACUGUGAAAGCCCUGGAAUAUGAACUGGAGGCCAAAAAUCACUUGAAAGAAGAUCGAGCAAGACAAGACAAGAUCAUGGAGUACAAGAUGUCCCAGCUGGAACUCGAGCUUGAAGAGGAGCGGAACAAUUCAGACAUCUUGUCUGAAAGGAUCAGCAGGUGCAGAGAGCAGAUUGAGCAAAUGCGGAGUGAGCUACUUCAGGAAAGGGCCGCGAGGCAAGACUUGGAGUGUGACAAGAUUUCGCUGGAGAGGCAGAACAAAGACCUGAAAAGCCGGAUCUUUCACCUUGAAGGUUCUUACCAGUCCAGCAAAGAAGGGCUUCUGGUUCAGAUGGAAACCAGGAUCAUGGAACUGGAGGAGCGGCUGGAGAAUGAAGAGAGGGAUCGGGCUAACCUCCAGCUGAGCAACCGCCGGCUUGAAAAGAAAGUUAAGGAGGUCAUGAUGCAGGUGGACGAUGAGCAUCUCUCUCUGACAGAUCAGAAGGACCAGCUGAGCUUGCGUUUGAAAGCAAUGAAACGCCAGGUGGAGGGAGCAGAAGAAGAAAUAGAUAGGCUUGAGAGCACCAAGAAAAAGCUUCAGAGGGAGCUGGAAGAGCAAGUUGACUUGAAUGACCAACUGCAAGGGCAGCUGAAUGCAAUCAAAAAGGAACUCAGCAGGCACAAAAAGACCUCUAGUAAAAUGCUGAAUGACCUUGAUGACGACGACGACGACGACUUCAGCACUGAUGGGGAGAGCCUUUAUGAAGCACCUUCAGGAUUUAAAUUCUCAAAGGACGAUGAUCUCAAAAGCUAAAAAUUCCGCUGUUCCAUGAGUUGUGGAUGUUCAGCCUUCAUUGUUGAAAAGCAGUGAGCUACAAACUCUGGAAGCCAAUGGCCGCAGGAAUAUUGGUGCUGGUUGGCAUUUAUAUAUCUCUCUACAGUGUGCCAUUUUCAGACUUGAGAUAUUUCAGAAAUAAACAACCUAAAACACAAAGGA